AUGCGAUUUCGCGGGCACUUGACGGCCGCGUCCUUCCCGAUCUUGAUGGAGGUGUCCCAGUUCAUGCAACGCGUGAGUAGCUCGGACAUGUGCUUCGUCGUGCUGAACGAAGAGCGCAUGUCCUUCGCUAUGAAGACCAGCGGGGAAGACGUCCAGACUUUUGUGCACUUGAACAUUGCCAAAGUGUUUGGUGACGUCGUGAUCGAGAGUCGCGCCGACAACAACAUUGCGUUUGCGCUUGGAAUCGCCAACUUUUCAAGGGCUCUCCAGUCGGGGAAAGAGGCGAGUGGUAUCAUGCUACGAUUACUCAAGCGUGACGGACGUUCGUUUCUCUCCUUGCGCGCGCGGACGGUAGAUCUUGAUAUCAUUCAAAACAUUCCUAUCGAAGUCGUGUCAAUGGCCACUGCAGAAAGCUACCGUGAGCCCAACAUCCCUCCGCCCACCGUUGCUCUCGAAAUGCCGCCGCUGCGCGCCCUCCGCACCAUUACUGAUCGACUCAAAGCGAUGCAAAAGUUUCUCCUCGUCCAAGCUGGCAUGGACGGCACCCUUCGUCUUCGUGUGCAGAGCGACACAAUUGUGUUGCAGACGUUGCACACCAACUUGCGAUGUCGGCCUGACUUAGCUGACGACCCCACUAGCAAAGAUGGCGAAGAAGCCGAUGGAUACAACGUUGAUGAGACCAAUAACUUCGCGGCGUCGUCCGUGCGAGUAGACGCCCGCCACGCAUCCAAGAUGCUGUCCGUGGACGGAAAUGCCGUGUUGACUGUUCUGUGCUGCUUAGUUGACCAACAAGCUCUGGUCGUACACGCAGUCUUAGUCGACGGAUUCGGUUCCUUUACGUGCUACGUUCCUGUCGUCGCGAUGCACUGACGGCACUUCACGAGAGCAAGUCGACUGAUAAGCAUCGCGUUCGUCCAGACGAAGUCUCGACCACCAACCACACAGUGAUCGUAUUGCACAUUCCUAUUUAUCAUUGGCA